UUAUAUUGAAAAAAGCUCGCAUGGUUGAGCAAAAUUACAAAAGUCUACUUAUAAUUUGAAUACAAUAAUACCCUCAUGCAUUGGAGAGAAGAUCUACCUAAAAAAGUUCAACCAAAAGAUUAUCUGAAGGAAUCCAUUUUUAUCGACAAACAGAAAGUUUGUUUUUCUACAUGAAAACAAAACUUGAUUUCACGUUCCUAGACAGAUAAGGUAUGUACAUACACUACACCUAUGUAUCUUUCUCCUCUGUUAAAAAACAUGGAGCUUCAUGAUUCAUGAACGAUCAACAUCGAGGCAAAGAUGAGAACUUGAUGAAAAUAAGGAGGGGGGGAGGGGGUCGCUUUAGAAGUGAGAUUGUAGGACUUUACAACUUCUACUUCCCUUUUUAUUUUGAUUUUCAAGAAGGGUUCUUCCUCAUCCUCACAGGAUAAGAUUUCUCUGUUGCUCUCUGUCACUUUCCAAUCAAGAAUCGUUAAUGGAGAGAUCUGGGUAUGGGAGAGAUGGAAUUUACAGGUCCUUAAGGCCUCCUCUUGUGCUUCCCAAAGACCCUAAUCUCUCAUUAGUCUCAUUUCUCUUCAGAAACUCUUCCUCUUACCCGAACAAACCUGCCCUCAUCGACGCCGAUUCCGGCGAGUCUCUGUCUUUCUCCCAGUUCAAAUCCACCGCCAUCAAGCUCUCACAUGGUUUUCUCCAUCUGGGUAUCAAGAAAAAAGACGUAGUUUUGAUCUUCUCCCCUAAUUCUAUCCAGUUCCCUCUCUCCUUCCUCGGCGUCACUGCCAUCGGCGCAAUAGCCACCACCGUCAACCCUCUGUACACCGUCACUGAGCUUUCGAAACAAGUCAAAGAUUCCAAUCCGAAGCUUAUUAUAACCGUUCCUGAGUUAUGGGAUAAAGUCAAAGAUUUCAAGCUGCCGGUUGUCUUCUUGGGUUCCAAAAAUCCUAAGCAGAUUCCCCAUGUCGAAUCAGAUUCAAAAAUCUAUCAUUUCCAAGAUUUGCUUGAGUUAUCUGGGUCUCCCUCCGGUUUUCCAGCUGUGGCUGUUAAGCAAACAGAUGUUGCUGCGCUUUUAUAUUCAUCGGGCACGACGGGGAUUAGCAAAGGUGUCAUAUUGACUCACAAGAACUUCAUUGCUGCAUCUUUGAUGAUGACAAUGGAUCAGGAAAUCCAUGGAGAUAAGCACCUGGUUUUCAUGUGCGUCUUGCCCAUGUUUCAUAUCUUUGGCUUAUGCAUUAUCGUCUACUCGCAGCUGCAAAAGGGAAAUGCUGUUGUGUCAAUGAAAAAAUUUGAUCUUGAUAUGCUCUUGAGGACUGUGGAGAAGUAUAAGGUGACGAAUUUGUGGGUUGUGCCUCCGAUUAUACUUGCUCUUUCUAAGCAAAAUGAAGUUAAGAAGUAUGAUAUUUCUUCAUUGAAGCAAAUUGGGUCAGGGGCUGCACCUUUGGGGAAAGAUUUGAUGGAGGAGUGUGCAAGGAAUGUUGGCCAUGGGGUUGUUAUGCAGGGAUAUGGAAUGACUGAAACUUGUGGCAUCAUUUCACUGGAGAAUCCAAGAAUAGGUAAACUAAAUACUGGUUCAGCAGGACGGCUUGUUGCAGGAGUUGAAUCCCAAAUAGUCAGUGUAGAUACUCUAAAGCCUCUUCAUCCGCAUCAGUUGGGGGAAAUAUGGGUUCGAGGACCUAAUAUGAUGCAAGGAUAUUAUAAUAAUCCCCAAGCCACGAAGCUGACUAUCGAUAAAAAAGGCUGGGUACACACUGGGGAUCUUGGAUACUUCAACGAGGAUGGAUACCUAUUUGUUGUUGACAGAAUUAAAGAGCUCAUCAAAUACAAAGGUUUUCAGGUUGCACCGGCAGAACUUGAAGGAUUGCUUGUUUCUCACCCAGAAAUAUUAGACGCAGUUGUCAUUCCGUUUCCUGAUGCUGAAGCUGGUGAAGUUCCAGUUGCAUACGUUGUCCGCUCGCCUUACAGCUCGUUGACAGAAGAAGAUGUUCAGAAUUUCAUAGCUAAACAGGUUGCCCCUUUCAAGAAAUUACGAAGGGUUACAUUCAUAAAUAGCGUGCCCAAAUCAGCUUCUGGGAAAAUCCUUAGACGAUUGCUCAUUGAGAAAGUCCAAUCAAAAAUAUGAGCUUCUAUAUAUAUUAACUAAAAUAUUGACCACGAACCAAGUUUCUUCUCCGGUAUUGUUUCUUAUCACGACAUCUUCUUGGGGUCGGAGGUACUCGAUUAAGUAUAAUGCAUAUAUAAGUAGGAAAGAUAUACACACACAUGCUUUUGUUCUUGGCAAUUCUCUAUACAUUGUAAAAUAAGGGGAAGAACAGCAAGUGGAAAUCUUGGUUCCUAAUAUCAAACAAUUUCUCAUGGUGAGUUCAGUCUCAUCUUCAAACUUCUACCUGAGUAAAUUUUUAAGUCAUGGCUGGUGUGUUCUGUUA